AUGUUUACAUUAGCUUAUCGAUCAAGAGUCUUUACUGGUGCUCGGAAUAUUGAUUCUUUGAAAAAUAUUAUUCGAACCACACAAAUCAAUCAAAGAUCAUUAUUCCAUUCCAAUGCUAUCCUAUACAAUAGUUUCAAGGAUCCUUACAAAGUUUUAGGAUUGAAUAAAGAUGCAAAAGCAAGUGAGAUUAAAAAAGCUUAUUACAAGUUAGCCAAGAAAUAUCAUCCAGAUAUCAAUAAGGAUAAGGGAAGUGACAAGAAAUUCCAUGAUAUUACAAACGCCUAUGAAAUCUUAAGUGAUGAGAAGAAAAAAAUGCAAUACGAUCAAUUUGGAUCUGCUGCCUUUGAUAAUAGUCAAGGAGGAGGCAGUGGUGGAUUCUCCGGAGGCAAUCCAUUUGCAGGAGGCGCCAAUCCAUUUGCUAACGCAGGUGGGAAUCCGUUUGGAUUUGGUGGUAUAAACUUCGAAGAUUUGUUCGGAGCUGCAUUUUCUAAAGCCAAUGGAGCUGCAGGUCGUGGUGGUGGCAGAAGUAGUGGGCGUGGCAAUGGAUCACCUUUUGGUGGGUUCUAUAGUGAAGUCCGUGGUGAUAAUGUAGAAGUCAUACAUACUUUAAGCUUCAAGGAUGCUGUAUUUGGUUCUCGUAAUGUUACUUUGAAUGUCAGCAGUAUUGAACAAUGUAAGACUUGUACCGGUAGUGGUAUGAAACCUGGCUCACACAGAUCCGAAUGUAGUUCAUGUCAUGGGACAGGGACUACUGUACACGUCCGUGCCGGUUUCCAAAUGGCAUCUACUUGUAUGAGUUGUGGUGGUACUGGUGAAAAUAUCGCUCGUGAAGAUGUAUGUAGGAAUUGUGAUGGGGAAGGUACUGAACCUCGCCCAGUACAACGUACAGUGCAAGUUGAAUUACCACCAGGAUUGGUAGACGGUGAUGUGAUCCGUGUUGCUGGUCAAGGUGGAUACCCAAAUAUUGCCAUUGCACCAGAACAAAGAGAUCAAGUAAAGGUUACUCGUGGUGAUUUAUUGGUAAGAAUCCGUGUGAAACAAGAUAAAGUAUUUUCCAUCCGCAACGGUAAUGAACUAUGGCAAACGCGUGAGAUUCCUGUGACCACUGCUGUGCUGGGUGGUAACGUUGUUAUACCCACACUUGAUGGUAACCAACUAAGACUGCGAGUACGUUCAGGAACUCGUGAUGGAGAAACCGUAAGUGUACCAGGACAAGGUGUUCCACGUGGUCGUGGAGGCUUAUCACGUGGCGACAUGAAGGUCCAAUGGAGAGUACCUGUACGUACACCAAAGACUGCUGUGGAACGAUGCUUAUGGGAGGCAUUAGCUGACGUGACCAACGAUUCUGGGGCAUCGAGGUCUCCAGAUCACGUGAGACUGGACACAGACAGCUCCGCGGGAAAUACCAAAAGCAGUAAUUCAGAGCCUUCGGAUGCUAAACCAAAAUCUUCUACAUCAAAUAACUCCGACUCGGCUCUAAACCGUUUGGAACAAUUCUUGAAUCGUACACUUAAACGAUUCCAGAAAAAAUAG